AUGAUUACCGGUAAAGAUAUGUACAAUGUUUUCACAGCGAUUGUGCCAUUAUAUGUUGCUAUGAUAUUAGCAUAUGGUUCAGUUCGUUGGUGGAAAAUCUUCACACCAGAUCAAUGUUCUGGUAUAAACCGUUUCGUGGCGGUUUUCGCAGUUCCUUUGCUCUCUUUCCAUUUUAUAUCCUCCAAUGAUCCAUAUACUAUGAACUACCUUUUCAUAUUAGCUGAUUCACUUCAAAAAGUAGUUAUCCUUGCUGUUCUUUUUCUAUGGAACAUUUUCACAAAAAAUCAAGAUAGUCUUGAUUGGACUAUUACAUUUUUCUCACUUUCAACUCUUCCUAACACACUUGUCAUGGGAAUCCCUCUUUUAUCAGCCAUGUAUGGUGGUUCAUCAGGAAAUCUCAUGGUGCAAAUUGUUGUUAUGCAAAGUGUUGUUUGGUAUACUCUUAUGCUGUUUUUGUUUGAAUAUAGAGCUGCUAAACUUCUUAUUACACAACAGUUUCCUGAAACUGCUGCUUCUAUAACUUCAUUCAAAGUUGAUUCUGAUGUUGUUUCGCUCAGCGGUAGAGAGCCGCUUCAAACCGAUGCUGAGAUUGGUGAAGAUGGUAAAAUUCGUGUGGUUGUUAGAAGAUCGAUUACUGGUUCUAACUCUAUGGUGAUGCCACCACGAGUCUCGAAUCUCACCGGUGUUGAGAUAUAUUCGGUUCAAUCGUCAAGAGAUCAGCCAACACCGAGAGUUUCUACUACUAGUAUUAAUCAAAUUGAUUCUUAUGCAAUGUUUCAACACGGGUACAGAAAUAGUUUUCAAAGAAAUAGUGAUGUUUAUUCCAUGCAAUCUCCGAAAGUGAGUGGUGAGAGUGAGAUGUUUAAUAUUAAUAAUGGUUCUUACCCUCCUCCAAAUCCAAUGCUUUAUGGUUCUACAAAUACUGGGAGAAAGAAGAAAGAUAGCAUUGGUGGUGGACCUAAUAACAAAGAGUUACACAUGUUUGUGUGGAGUGAUUCACCUGUUUCUGAAAGGAAUCUUAAGCAUGCUGUUAAUAGACCUCCCUCUUUUGAUUUUGGAACUGUUGUUGAUCCUUCAAAAGCUCUUCCACAAGAAAACACUGUUUCACCAAAAGGUGUUAAUGACAUGAUUGGGGACAUGAGUCUGAAAGAAAGAGAUGUUGAAGGAGAGAAUGUAAGCAAAAAGAAACAGAUGCCACCAGCAAGUGUGAUUACAAAACUCAUUCUCAUCAUGGUUUGGAGAAAACUCAUUAGAAACCCUAAUACCUAUGCAAGUCUCAUAGGACUUGUUUGGGCUCUUAUAUCAUAUAGGUGGAACAUUGAAUUGCCGGCGAUUAUAAAAGGUUCAAUCUCAAUCCUAUCGAACACUGGACUUGGAAUGGCCAUGUUCAGUCUAGGUUUGUUCAUGGCAUUACAGCCUAAGUUGAUUGCAUGUGGUAAAAGAGUUGCAACAUUUUCUAUGGCGGUGAGGUUCUUAAUCGGACCCGCUGUGAUCGCGGCAACCUCAAUCGGAGUUGGUAUCCGCGGAACUCUCUUACAUGUUUCAAUUGUUCAGGCUGCACUUCCACAAGGUAUUGUUCCAUUUGUGUUUGCCAAAGAAUACAAUCUUCAUCCAACUAUACUCAGUACUGCGGUUAUAUUUGGAAUGUUGAUUGCAUUGCCUAUAACAAUACUCUACUAUGUGCUUCUUGGACUAUAG